UGGUUAUAGCUGCAGGGAAAACGUGGCACGGGUCAGUGCUUGCUCGAAUGCUGAAGAUCUCGAACACGAUGAAAUUUCGUUAUGAACAAUCGUAAUUUCAUUAACUGUGAUAUUUGUGAAAUAUAUAUUUUCCUUCUCUCGUGUGAUUGAAAAUAAUUGUAUAAACGUUGAAUUAUUAAAUAGGAGUAAAAUUGAUAUUGAAAAUUGAUUAAUAAUAAUAACACUGAUAAUAUAUUGAUUAUAAAAAGUGACAAUUGUGAUUGCAACAGUUUGUGCAUUUAAUAAUUCAAUUAAAGAUAUUGUUUGAUGCAUCAUCAAAAUUGAUAGAAAAGAAAAUUGCGCGUCAUAAUCCGUUCAAAAUGUUUUGCCUGAAAGGGAGAGGCAAUAACGAUGGAAGAUUUAAAGAAUCGUCAAAGGAAGAAGAUUUCGGAUGGUGGAUAAAUAAUGAAGAUGACUUCAAGUCCCCUAGAUCCAACCAGACCAGAGAAUGCCAAUCGUUAGGAUCCUCGGAAUCGAUGCUUUCUUGUGCAGAUUCAGACGACAGCGAAUCUUAUUUUCUUGCACAGGAAUUCAGGGACGAUUACAAUGAUGACUGUGAAAGGAUAGAGCUCACGUCUCUGAUUCACCAUGAUCUGGACAUCGAUCUUAUUGAAAAGGAUGCGAUUCCGAAAGAAGAAGGUAUCACAGCAUUUUCAGCGAAAGAAGCAAAACAAUAUUUCGACGCGACAGAAACAAAGUCGAACAUGUUUCAGGCUAUCUGUUACACGCCGGAAAGGUUGGUCCGAUCCCAAGAAUACAGAAUUCUAACACCAUCACCACGUUAUUUGUCCAUCUGUCAAUCAAGAGUGACGGGAGAAACGGAAAAUCAUCGAAAUACUUUCCGUAGCCAACGGCGAUUGAACUAUCUUAUCGACUCUAAGCAACUUGGUACAACGUUACUGAGUUCGAAUAGCAAAGAGAUGGCACUAUCAACGAUCACCUGUCACGAGUGGAGGAGUGACCAGAGGAUCUGCAAUGAUAAUCUUUCGACGAAGAACAACAACGAUCCCAAAAUGGAAGAUAAAUGUCUAAACGGUAUAGAUGGCAAGAAUUCGAACAGUUUACAAACAUCAAACGUCAUCAGCAAGAAGUCUAGUUACGAGAGGUUCACUGUUAGCUCUGAAGAUGGUGAGAAGAUGGGAAUUCAUAGCUCCUCCUUGGAGGAUAAUUCGAGUAUACGAAGCAAUGAUUGGAGUUUGGAUUCGCACAAUUCGCAAAGUACUCCCCUGUGUCUCAGCGACGAAUUAGCGACAACCAGUUACAAGCUUGACACAUCGCAGGAACGAUGUUCAGCUGUCAACGAGGUGGUGUCAAUUCUCGAGGUACUCGACACGAAUCCUGAGAAAGCAACGGUCCUUCUUGAGGAAGAUCGUUUCUGUGACAGCACCUCCUCUCACGAUCGAAUAACCAGGCUGGCCCUGGCGAUUGAACCAGAUACAAACGUGUCUGGGGUUGUUGAACAUCCGGAUAAUUUGGUGAAGAAUCUCCGGAACAAGGUAGAGAGACUUCAGACUAACAGCAAGGAUAUUUACAAGGAUAUAUCUGAUCUUCGGAGAAGCUUUCAGCGUGACGAACAAAGUAUAACAAACAUCACGUCCAACGCAAGUAAACUGCGACAGGAUAUUCAAGAACUGCGACACCUUGAUGAUCUGUUAAAUCUUCUUCGUGGAGAAUUGAAAAGAAUCUCAAAAAGAAAUUGGCCAUUCAUUGAAGGACGUACAGAAGAAUAUAAUUCGGAGGAAAUGAAUCUCAUCGUAUGAACGAGCUUUUCAAUUGUGGGAAAAGAAGGCUUUUGAAAAUGAUGUAUUUUAUUACCCAAGAAGAACACAAUUUUUUUGUUAAAGAAGCACGUCGAAAGUGUUUCACUGCCUCUGUUACUCCACGACGACGUGAAGAUAGUUUUAUAAAAGAAACUGCUAAUAUCGUUGCCGCCGAAAUCUCAAAAAAGGAAUUUUCCAAAGGGUAAUAACAAUACAUUUCAAGAGAGGUGUACACCAUGAAAAUUACAGAUUCUACGUGAAAAAAGAAAUCGAAAAGUCCUUUACCGUUUCACAGUCUGUUGCUUCGUUUCUGAGAUAUAAGCGAUUAAAGAUUGGAGAUGCAACUUCCGGGGUGCCUAGGCUCGCACCCCGGAAGUUGAACGCCUGAUCUUUAACUCUUUAUAUCUCGAGAACGAAGGAACAGAUUGCGAAAUGAUAAAAAACUUUUCGAUUUGUUUUGUAAUGUACAAUUUUUCUAUGGAGGAAUUUUUGUAAUUAACAAUCGAUAAAGUUGUCAUGUUAAAUCUAAGCUGUUGUUGAACAAACUGUUGCCAGUAUUAGUUUAGUACUUAAUCGCAGGAUUUAAUUAAUUGUGUACCUUUACACGUGUGAUACCCUCUUUAUAAAUGUAUAAUCCAAAUGUUUUGAAAAAUAUAUAUUUUGGAAUCCUGUUUUGUA